AUGGUUUCUUUCUUUAAAACCAACUUAGAAAUUUUCUUUCCUUUUCUUUCUUUCUUUCUUUCUUUCUUUCUUAUUAUUAAUCUUCCCCUCUUUCUUUCUUUCUUUCUUAUUAUUAAUCUUCCCCUCUUUCUUUCUUUCUUUCUUAUUAUUAAUCUUCCCCUCUUUCUUUCUUUUUUCGUAUUAUUACUCUUCCCUUCUCUCUUUCUUUCUUUCUUUCGUAUUCAUCUUACCUUUCUUUCUUUCUUUCUUUCUUUCUUUCUUUCUUUCUUAUUAUUAAUUUUCCCUUCUUUCUUAUUAAAAAUCUUCCGUCUUUCUUUCUUAUUAUUAUCUUCCCUUCUUUCUUUCUUUCUUUCUUUCUUUCGUAUUAUUACUCUUCCCUUCUCUCUUUCUUUCUUUCUUUCGUUCUUUCCCUUUCCUCUUUUUCUCGUUCUUUACCUAUCUCUUCCUGCUUUCCAACCUUUUAACUCUCUCUCUAUUUAUGUUCCUCUUUACCUGUCUAUCUAUCUAUCUAUCUAUCUAUCUAUCUAUCUAUCUAUCUAUCUGUCAUUUAAUGAUUAUCUAUCUAUCUAUCUAUCUAUCUAUCUAUCUGUCAGUUUAAUGAUUAUCUAUCUAUCUAUCUAUAUAUCUAUCUAUCUAUCUAUCUAUCUAUCUAUCUAUCUAUCUAUCUAUCUAUCUCUUUCUAAUCUUUUCUUUCUAUAA